AUGGGUUGGUUCAAGAAUACAAUCAUGGAACUUCCAGCUGAAAAUGGUCACAUUGAGAUUGUUAAGAUGUUCAAAGAGUGGUGUGUGACAGACUUUUAUUGGGCCAUGAAAAUUGCAGCUAAAUAUGGUCACAUAGAGAUUGUUAAGCUGUCCAAAGAUUGGGGUGUGACGGACUUUGAUUUGGCUCUAGAAAGUGCAGCUCUCAAUGGUCACAUCGAGAUUGUUAAACUGUGCAAAGAAUGGGGUGCAACGAAUUUUAAUUGGGCUAAUAAUAAUGCAGCUUUCAAUGGUCACAUAGAGAUUGUUAAACUGGUCAAAGGGUGGGGUGCGACAGAUUUUGAUUGGACCAUGAGCCUUGCAGCUUUCAAUGGUCACAUAGAGAUUGUUAAGAUGUUCAAAGAGUGGGGUGCGACAUACUUUGAUUUUGCUUUAGAAAAUGCAGCUGAAAAUGCUGAAAACGGUCACAUCGAGAUUGUUGUAUUGCUGCGUGGUUUUGAUGUCAUUCAUGAUGAAUUGCUGCGACAUCAUCACAAGCGCAAUUUUUAUGUAAAAAUAUGGAAUGAGGUAAUGCCAGUGGCGUGGCAUCCGGAUCGAUAUUGGAAUUGGUGUUUAGAUGAGGAAGAAAAGCGCGAGAUAUCUAAAUUAUAA